AUGUUGUAUAACAAAGCGUUGCUGUACAUUUCUUUGCCUACACUAAAGUCAUAUAAUAAUUUUCAUCAAGAAUUGAUUCGUUCAAUAAUCAUCAAUAAUGUAACAGACGGUCUUACAAUUUAUAUAUCAUCACCAAAAUUUGAAAAUUAUUCCAAAACCUCGCCAAUUUCAAGUUGGAGUGAAAUUAAUGACUUUUUAAAUGCUGUUUACAUCUGUGGUUCAAAAAUUGCAUAUGAAAUUGAAAAGUAUUUUAUUGAUAUUGUUGUCAUUUUUGAGAAUUGGUGCGGAUAUCAAGUGGAAUUGGGAAAAGAUUUUCAAGCUUUUUUUGGGAAAAAGAAUAUUUUGGAAGGAUUUAAUGAAAAUCGAAAGAAUUCAAAUUUAAUUGAAUUACCAAUUCAUUUCAUAAAAAGUAAUUCAUCACCACAAUUAUCACCACCACCACAACAAACUGGAAUUAUCAAAAAUGGUGAUGACAAUAAAUCUUUGGGAAAAACAAUAUAUCAAAGUGUUGCGGGCAGAACGCAAAAAAUCGUUGUCCCUGAAAUCGUGUCGCGUAUUUUUUCUUUUUCUUUUAAAAAAUUAAAAUCUGUCGAUAUGGAUAUGUUCUAUGUUAAACGUUUAAGUGAAAAGUCAACAUUACCUGUACGUGGCUCUAGUCAAGCUGCUGGUUAUGACUUAUACAGUGCUCGAGAUAUCAUUAUUCCUGCUAAAGGAAAAGCUUUAAUACCUACAGACUUAGCUGUAUCAAUUCCAUCAGGAACUUAUGGUCGUGUUGCACCAAGAAGUGGGCUUGCAUUAAAUCAUUUUCUUGAUUGUGGAGCUGGUGUAAUUGAUCCUGAUUAUCGUGGACCACUUGGUGUUCUUUUAUUUAAUUUUAGUGAUAAUGACUAUAAAGGUGAUAGAAUUGCUCAACUUAUUUUAGAAUGUAUUUCUACACCUAAAGUUGUUGAAGUGGAAGAUUUAGAAGUGACUAAUCGUGGUGAAAGUGGAUUUGGUUCAACUGGUCUUAGAUAA